AUGCAGACGAUACAUAAGGUGCAUAAAAAUACCAAAUUGCAGUUUUUACCCGUUCACUGCCGCCAUUGUUCGUAUAAAGGGAAAUUUUUGAUACUACUGCUCCUGUCAUUGAUGACAUCGGCAGCUACUUUUGAAGAAUAUAGCAAGGUUGAUCAUUUCGGUGGUGACUACUAUAAUAAUGCAUUUAAAUCUUUUGGCAGGAGAUUAAUACGAAGACGUUCAACUAACCAAGAAAAACGAGACACAAGUUUAUCUUAUGCAGCAACCAAUAUUAAUAAUAAAGAAGGAACCCAAGUUAAAACGAUAACAGUAAUUAAAAAUUCAAAUGAUAAAAAUCAAAAACUUAAAAUUGAUCCAAAACUGCAUAAAAAUGAGAAUUGGGCCGAUGAAUUUAAAGACAAUUUCGAUUCGUAUGGUAUAAUACCGGAUGUGCCAGAUGUGGAUGAUCUUUUUGAAUUUGUAAAUAAAAAACAUAAUAAUGAUAAGGAAAAGGAAAAGGUAAAGAAAAAUGAAGCGAAAAAUGAAGAUAAAAAAGGUUUUGGGGAAAGGAAGGAAAAGGAGGAGAUAACAACUACUAGACCAAGUCAAAAGUAUCGUCCUAAAGAAAUGGAAAAACCGGUUACGGAAAUUUCAUCGGAAAUUUCGGAUGAGGUAACAGAAAAUAUGCGUGAGGUGGAAAAAAUCAAAGGUGAUGCUGAGCUAUUGCCCAGUUUCAAUAAUAGCCGUUUAAAAGUACGCGAAUCUUUAAUAAGUUUAAACUAUUCUACGCCAGAGCAUUCUGUACAUCAAUAUUUCGAUAACUAUGUACAGUUAAGUCCUGCAGUUAAAGCUGUUGUAGGUUAUGAUUAUCCAAAGCCCUGUAUUCACGGACAGCCGGUAGGAAGUGUAGCAGUAGCGACACCAUCGGGUAAAACCUAUAACAUACCCGGUAACAAUAAUUCUUAUAUUAAUCCCUAUUUGGCACCAGCAUUAACCAGACGUCCGCAGAUAGCACAAACCACGCAAUCAUCUUCAGCAAAUAUUCCAGUUUUCCCUAUUAAUUCAUUAGUGCCUCAAUUGCAACAACAGCAGCCAAAUAAUAACAAUCCUAAUUUAAAUAACUUUUUACCGCAACAAAAUUCUGGAGCUGGUGCUGCUAAUCAAAAUAACUUUCAAACCAAUCAACAACAGCAACCGGCAACGCAACAGAAUCAACAACAGCAGCCACCACAGCAAGCGCAAAAUACUUUUGUCUCUACUAGCCAACGUCCUUAUGUUUCUCCAAAUAUACGUUCUGGUCUGAGUGGUGUCAGUAGAGGUCCAGGUUCUAAUUUGAAUGGUUAUCAAAAUCAGGCUCAACCGGGUUAUCGUAUUAAUACAUUUAAUAAUGCCUUUCGAAAACCUAAUCUAUUUCGUUCACGUGGUUUAAAGUAUUAA